CCACGCCAAUGCUCGUCUGACCAAACUCCCCAAUUCCUUCCUCUAACCAACCUUCACAUGUCACCGAUCGGUCCAUAUAUAAUCAGCCACUUCUCUCUCUAUCUCUAGCCCAGCUGGCUUCAGCCUCAAGCAGUUGCCUUGCCUUCUCUCUCUCUCUCUAAAACGGUUUCGGUGGGAUUCGGGGCGCUCGCUGUCCCUUUGGCGGGAAAAGAAAAGCAGGGGCUCGAAUCCAUCUUUUCCCCGGUGCCGACCUAUCCACCCCCUCGGCUAUCUCACCGGCCAACAGCGUCCCUCCACGUGGGGUCCGCGGUGGAGCUGAUCUCGGCGUGAGCGUCUCUGAUUUCCCGAGCACCGGCGCGCUCUCCCUGCGCUGGAGAGUACCCGAUCCCUUCCGCCUCCUUCCCUCUCCCCGCGCGGCCUAUAGACUAUAAAGCAGCUCCUCCUGCGUCGGUUCCAGUUUCUCCCCGUCUCCUCCUCUCUCUUCGGGCGCCGAACCAGCAAGUUCGAGAGACAUGGAAAAGGACGCCUCGCCUCAGUCGGAUCCUACCAUCACCACCUCCUCCACUUCGCCGGAGCAGCCGCCGCCGCCGCCCCCGCCGCAGCAUGCGCCCCACUCGCCACCUCCGGCUCAGUCCUCGAGCUCUCCGCUGAACCAGCAGUUCGCGGCCAAUUUCAGCGCGCUGUACCACUCCAUUUUCCCGCCAAACUCGCCUCACUCGAGCUCCGCGCUGAUCACGCCGUCUCUGUGCUCGUCCGCUUCCUCCGACAGCAACCAGAACGCGACCGCCAGGAGCACCAUCGCCAUAGAGCACCGCCUCAACCAGGCUCGCCUCGUCCUGGAGUACCAGCAGCUGCGCGAUCACUACGAUCUCUGCCGCGCUCACCUCAACGACCUGACGGAGGAGAUCGACUCGCUGCGCCGAGAGAAUGCGCGGCUCCGCUUGGCGAACUCCGAGCUCGUGAAGCUCCUUAACCUGCCCUCACAGGGCACUCUGCAGAGCUGCUUCCGCCGUCUCGGUCUCUCUGAUACUAAUGCUACAGGAUCGGAUUUCUCCAGCGAAGACGUCUGCAGUUACAGUCCGACGAGCGUCAUGGAUCAGAGCGGAUAUGAGACGAGUAAUCCCGAGAGAGUUUGGCUACCGAAGAGCAUAUCGGUUCGGUCCAGUGGCUACCUCAAAUUGAACCAGCCUGCUGCUAGCAACAGCCGCUCGAGUCGACCGGUGAGUCAACUCCGCUCGCCAAGAGCACAGGAGCCUCCGAAGGUGCAACAGCGCGUGUACGUGCCGGGUGGGAAGAAAGAGCAGGAGGCAUUGGAGUUCGAAGUGUACAGCCAGGGGAUGUUCAAGACGGAGCUGUGCAACAAGUGGCAGGAGACUGGCGCGUGCCCGUACGGCGACCACUGCCAGUUCGCGCAUGGCAUCGCGGAGCUGCGUCCGGUGAUCAGGCACCCACGUUACAAGACUGAGGUCUGCCGGAUGGUCCUUGCCGGCGACAUGUGUCCCUACGGCCACAGGUGCCACUUCCGCCACUCCCUCACCGAGCAGGAGAUGAUGCUGGCUUCGCGUUGAUCCUGAUGUCAUUGCAUUCAUUAAUUUCUCCAUUGAUUUGGUUAUGUACAUAAAAAGAAAAAAAAAAAACUCCCCAAAGAAAUUGAUCAAACCCACAAAUAACAACUCAAAAAGGAUAAUAAAGAUGGUACAAAGAGGUAAGUAAAUCAAAACUAAAUGCGGUUGUUAGUCGGUUUUUUUAGUGGAGGGAGGACCAUAUCCAGGUGGAUAUAUAGAUGAGAUUAGCCUGAUGAGAUUUAAGGCGAAACUUUUCGAUUGGAUUUUGCUUAUGCGUAUAUCAGCUAUCGUGCUAAGACGUAUUGGGGCCAUUUCUGUUACUGUGAUUUUGCAUGUUGUUGACCUUAUGGUUGGUUGGGGUACAGGGACCAACUUAACCAACCAUACCAAAAGUCUGGGGGUUUUGUAAUGAUGACGCAAUUUGUUACACACGGAGUACGUUACUUUCAGUUCAAGCUAGUUAUCCCUUGUCCCUCUCUCCCCUCUCUAAAGUUGUUGCCAUCAGUGAGAUGUGUAUUUGAGAAUAUUGUUGAUUCGUUAGCAAUAUCGCGAAAUGUGGAGCCACUAUUUAUCA